CUUUACCUCAUCACUUCCUGGUUUUGCGGCCGCCAUAUUGGCAUGGGGAAUAGAUGACAAUUUCACCUUAGCCGAAGAGCUACGUUUUUUGUUAUUUUAGAAAGUUUAUCAGGAGCGUAUUCACUCUGAAAUAAAAGGGAUAUCGAUAUAUCAUCCCAGUUUGACCGUGGUGGAUCCCGUGGAGGGCGUUGAAAGAGAUGAGCAACAACUUAAACAAGAGGGCCCCAACCACAGCAACACAGCGGUUAAAACAGGAUUACCUGCGCAUCAAGAAAGAUCCAGUCCCGUACAUCUGUGCUGAACCUCUGCCCUCCAACAUUUUGGAAUGGCAUUAUUUAGUGCGUGGCCCUGAGAAAACUCCAUAUGAAGGUGGCUACUAUCAUGGCAAACUCAUUUUCCCACGGGAAUUCCCAUUCAAACCACCAAGCAUAUACAUGAUCACACCCAACGGCAGAUUUAAGUGUAAUACAAGGUUGUGUCUUUCCAUCACAGAUUUUCACCCUGACACGUGGAACCCGGCGUGGUCCGUAUCCACCAUCUUAACCGGCCUCCUGAGCUUCAUGGUUGAAAAAGGGCCGACUCUCGGCAGUAUAGAAACCUCUGACUUCACAAAAAGACAGUUGGCCUCGCAGAGUCUUGCUUUCAACAUCAAGGACAAAGUCUUUUGUGAACUGUUUCCAGAUGUUGUUGAAGAAAUCAAGCAGAAGCAGCGUAUGCAGGAGGAGCUCAGGUCCCGCUCGCAGGCGCUGCCUCUCCCCGAUGUGGUGCCGGAUGGCGAAGCCCACCAUGCGCAAAACGGCCACCUUCCCCUGAACGGGCAUCUGCCCCCCGGUGCGGCACACCCACCCGACCUCCAGCAGGUCAACCGUAACCAUGGACUCCUGGGUGGAGCGCUCGCUAAUUUGUUCGUCAUUGUAGGUUUUGCUGCUUUCGCCUACACGGUCAAGUACGUUCUGCGGAGCAUCGCGCAGGAAUGAAUCGCCCAAUGAGAAACACCGACCUGAGGAACGAGAGGCUGGUGCUGAUCUCACGACCAAAAUAGGUAGCGAGAAAUCAAAAGGGUUUUCUCACAACCAAAUAAAAUGAAGCAGUGUCCCGUUAAUGAAAUUGAGAGCUUGGUGAUUUCCUCCACAGUGGCGACGACCAGAUCUUGUGUGUAACGGCCACCUAAAGGGCAAGGUCACGUGAAAUGAUGGCUUCAUUAACAUCUAAGGAAAUAAAAUUAAAAAAAAAGCAAAUUUUCUACCUUACCCAAUUCCCAGAAGAAGCCAACUUCAUAUGACUGAAGUUAAUCCAAGUGGGCUUUUUUAGGGCCUGAAUCAGUGUUUGUUGUUUUUCACGUUUCUCAUUGAUCUUUAACAUUUUAGAAUCUGUGCAUAUAGGGCACAGAGUUUUUAAGAUUGAAAGAGAAAAAGCCCAAUCUUUCCUUAAAAACGACACAAGAUCAUUUCUGAAGUGUCACAGCAAUUAUUGCUGUGAUGAAAAUCACUCUUUUAUUUAAUGGAAAUGGCUCAACUGUAAACAUGCUUUACCAAUAGAAAUUUGUUCUUAAAUGCAUUUGUGCUCGCUUGCGCUACGCCGACAGUAAAAAACAGUUAGGCGAGGAAAGACAAGAUGUAAAAUGAUUUAUUUGUCUUUUGUUUGUUUGUGAUUCAGCGCUCCAGGUGAACAUUAACUUUCUUUUAGAAGGGGGCACUGUUGGCCAAAAGAAAAGCUUUUUUUUUUUUCAGGCCAUGUAACACUAUAAAUUGUUUUUGUGCAAUAUAUAGUAUUGUCAGGACUACUUGGCUUUCUUGAUACACAGCACUUCUUUUCUUUUCAAGGGUUGUGAUUUAUGCAAUAAUUCUUAAGAAAUCUAAAUAUCAUUUACAUUUUUGUUAUUAAGCAGGCGAAUAUGCAUUUAAUUCUUACCUUCCCUGUUGUACUGUGAGAUCUUUGGUUGUGUUCAUUAGGACAAGUACUUUGAGUUGCACAAAUAAUUGACAUCAAAACUUGCAAGUCUAAGUCCAGUUUGCGGAGAUCUACAUGCACUGCAAAACAUCUCUUUCUGGGUCAGAAUGGUUGUAUUGCUGCUCAUUCGGACUGGUGGGGAAUUAAUGCUCUCUUUGUACCAGUGUGUUCUGGUCUCCCAAAUUCAAGUGUUCUAAUGCCCCCGAAUUCUAGCAGUAAUAUUUUUUUCAGCACCUCCAUGAACAAUGUUGAUCGAUAUCCUUUCCUUUAGAGGGGUGUGUUAUCAGAGAUAGUCAUGUUGUGUUUACAUUUUGAAUAAAUAAUAUUCUGUUAAAGAAA